AUGGUGAUCGAAUCUACGUCAAAAACUGCAUCAAGGAUACAAGUUUAUUUAAGUCAUCCAUGGAAUUUAAUGAAAACUGGAUAUCUUAUUUUAACUUGGAUUAUAAUGGGUUUUCAUCUUGAAUUAAUUGGUCCUACACUGCCAAUUCUCGCAGCAAAUAUUCAAGUAACAUAUAGUGGUAUGGGUUCAGUACUUGCAUCGAGAAGUGCUGGAUAUUUAAUUGCGAAUCUUCUUGGUGCUAUUUUACAAAAUAUUGUUAAAAAUCAUUCUGAAGGUCUCCUAUUUUGUGCAUUUAUUUUACCUGCUGUUGUGGUUUUUGCUACUCCAUUUGUUACAUCAUUAAUAUUAAUGUGUGUUUUAUCGUUUACUCAAGGACUUUCGAAAGGUUUUACAGAUUUAGGUGGAAAUAACCUUUUAUUGAAAAUGUGGACUGUUAAUGCUGCAGCACCUUUAAAUUCAGUUCAUUUAGGUUAUGGAUUGGGUGCUGUUUUUGCUAAUUUACUUGUUCGUCCGUUUAUUACACAAAAACAUUUAUCCCUCAAUGUUACAAAUCAUGAAGGGACUAAUGUGACAAAUGUUAAUCCAAACAUUGUUAUUCCAUAUUCAAUCACUGCAGUUUUAUGUUUUUUUAUUGCUAUUGGACAUAUGCUGUUUUAUAUUCCAGUGUUAAGAAAUCGCAGACAAAAAUCACAAGUACAACAGAUUGACUAUGCUGCUGUUAGUACGAAUCUAGAUGAUGUUAAUCUUUCGAUGAAGAAAGAAAAUUCAUCGCCAUAUUCUCCUCGUACAUGUGGUCGUGGAUAUUUUCAAUAUGGUUUAAGUCUUUCAACAAUAUUUAUUAUUUAUACAUUUUUCAUGGGAGGAAAUUAUCAAACAUUUUCAAAAUUCUUUUUUUCUUAUCUCAAAUUUGAUAAAUUUAAUCUAUCAACUGAAGCCGCCAGUUGGGGAAUGACUCUUUAUUGGCUUUCAUAUUCUGUUGGACGAUUCAUUUUUGCCAUCAUAUCUGUAUUUCUAUCAGUGAAUAUAUGUCUCAAUAUUAUUUGGUUUGGAGCUUUGUGUUUGGCCGCUGCUUGGCUUAUUUAUGUUUGGGUGAUUGGUUUAACAAGUACAAGUUUAUUUAUUCUUGGUGCAGUGACCGGUUUGAUAUUUGCACCGAUAUUCCCAUUAUCAUUUGGAUAUUUUAAUCAAAGAUUAAAUGUUAUACCAAUGCUUCUUGGUUUACUAUUAUGUGGGACAGCACUUGGAGCCAUGACAUUGAACAAAAUAGCUGGUCUAGUUAUGGAUCGUGAUCCAAAUCAUUUUCCAACACUUUUAGCUGUUUGCAUAUUAAUGGCAAUUAUUCUUUAUAUUGUUUCAUAUCUUGUUCAUUUUGUUCAUCAACGAAAAAAUUUAUUAAACGUUCAAUCUUCAACAAAUAAUGAUACAACUCAUGCUUCUGAAGAUUUUCGUGACGAAGAACAGCAAAUAGCUAUUGCUUUAAGAAAUCAAGAACAUAAAUAA